CUCAUUCAAGCUAGCUAGGUUGCAUAAUAUUUCUUCUUUCCUUUGAUUCUUUUGUGCUUAGAUUAAAAUCAUUAGAAAACAACAUUAGACAAAAACAAUUUUGUUUUAUUUGUAAGGCUUUGUUGUUUUCAGUGUUCUUUACUUUGAUUGUGUCAAUUUGAUCACUAUUUUCAUAUCUAUCCCUUCUCAAGAAUAUGUAUUAUCUUGCAUGGUAGCAUUUAGACAAAUUAGAUUCAAAUCUUAUUCUUGAAGCCUUAAAGAAUAUAAGAAGAGAAUUUUAUACCAUUAUAGCUAGAAUAAAAAUUUAGCAUUAGUAUUCUAAUUCUUACUUUUCCAAUUUCUGGUUCUUGUUUUCUUCAUUAAUUCCACCAUUCUAUUUUGUGCUUCUUAUUAAGAAUGAACCUUUCAUAGAGUUUUUUAUGUGUGGACAAUUUUUGAGUUAGUUUUAAAUGAAUGAGAAUAAGAUUGAUUAUUUAGGAAGUGUUCAACAAAACCAUAUACUAAAUGGUGAUUUUAAUUCAGAGUUUGGAAAUUGUUCUAGUCAAUAUUUUGAUAUGAGAAAUGCUUCAAAUAUUGGAAAUUUUAGUCAACCAUUGGUUAUGGAACAAUCAUCAUACAUAGUCCAAAGUCAAAACCAAAACCAAGGACAAGGAAAAUCAUCAUCAUCAUCAUCAUCAAGCACAAUUAUGAGAAGUUUUGAGUCACCAACUUCAGCUUUUUAUGCAACAGAAAUUUGCAUGGGUUUUCCACAAUAUGAUUACCAAGUUGGAAAUGAAAGUAGUAACCCUCUUUUGAUAUCUCAAUUUUCUAAUAAGGUUAAUGAUUUGGAAUUUCCUUUGUAUCAAAGGGAAAAUCAUUACCUUGAUUCAACAAAUCAAUCUAGCCAUAAUUUUGAGUUGUCAAAUUUAAACACUUUGCAACCAAUUCUUAGAUCUCCGGAAAAAUCGAAUAGAAUCGAAUGUGGGAAUUUUCCUAGAGAAAAUUAUCUCUCAGUUGAGCAACAUAAAUUCUUCAUUGAUGAUGCUGCAUCAGUUAGUAUGAGUCCAUUAAUUCAUUCUAAUGGAAAUCAGGAUCAUAAAGUUUCUUGUGGUUCAUAUGAUUUUCCGGGUUCACAGCUGAAUUUCUCUUAUCAGCAAGAUAAACUGUCUCCAACUAUGUCAACAGGAAAUGUCUCAACUAAUUCCGGAAACCCUGCUUGUAAUGGAUCAUCGGUUUCUAGUAAAACACGAAUAAGAUGGACUCAAGAUCUUCAUGAGAAGUUUGUUGAGUGUGUGAAUCGCCUUGGCGGUGCCGAGAAGGCAACACCGAAAGCGAUAUUAAGGCUGAUGGAUUCAGACGGAUUGACAAUCUUCCAUGUUAAAAGUCAUUUGCAGAAGUAUAGAAUUGCCAAAUACAUGCCGGAACCAGCUCAAGGAAAAUCCGAGAAAAGAACUCAUGUAGAGAAUGUGAACCUUGAUGCGAAAUCUGGUUUGCAAAUUAGAGAGGCACUUCAGCUGCAGCUAGACGUUCAGAGGCGUCUUCAUGAACAACUAGAGAUACAGCGAAAAUUACAGUUGCGAAUAGAGGAACAAGGAAAGCAGUUGAAGAUGAUGUUUGACCAACAACAGAAGACAAAUAGUACUUGCCAAUUGAACACUCAAAAUUUGGACAAUACACCAAACAAUGAUACACCAAUUAGUCCUAAAGAUAUUGAGGUUACCAUUUUUGAAGGGUCUCAUUCUCAAUACUCAUAACUGACAGAAAACCAAACCAUACAAUUUUGUAAUGGGAAUUAAAUUAGUCUUGUUGUUUUACAAAUCCAAAUUCAGUAAAUAAAAGUAUAUAUGAUAUGAGUGUGAUACUACUUUUGCAUAUCUUGAAAACCA